AUGUCUGCCCACGGCAAGGCCGAGGCCGUGCCGGAAGAAAGCAGCAAAGCGCAGUACCUUGCGCUGCUGCGCCACAAUGUUGCGCUGAUCCAGCGUAGUGUUCUGCACGUCGAGCAGCGCUACCUCGGCCGUGUGUUGCGGUCGCUGCCCUACGUCCGCCGCCAGCUCCACGACAAGGCGGAUGUGCUGGCGCUCGUCGUGCAAGAGUCGCUGCCGGAGGCCAGUGCUGCCGGUAUGCGCGAUGCGCUGCUGGGGCUGCUCCCUGCGGCCUACCAGCAAGAGGCGCCCGCCAAAGAAGAGGCGAUGGACGAGGACGCUCCGGCGGAAAAGACGCCGCCGGCCGCACCGUCGUUGAGCCCCGAAGCCGUGCCCGAGACGGUGGCGUACCUGCGCCUCCUCGCGGUUGUCUACACGCUCGACCAGCUGAAGGACGUGCCGAAAGCAACGCAGCUGUGCCAGCAGGCGCUCGACGAUGUCCUGCGCCAGAACCGGCGCUCGCUCGACCUGCUGGGUGGCAAGUUGGUCUUUUACCUCGGUCGCUGCUACGAGCUGAGUGCUGGCGGACUUGCCGCGCUGCGUGAUACGCUCCUUGGCCUGCAGCGCACCGCGUCGCUGCGCCACGACGAAGAGACGAAUGCGACCGUGAUCAACCUUUUGCUGCGCCUCUACAUUGUCGACGGAAACCUGUACGACCAGGCAGACAAGCUCGUGGCGCGUGCGCCCUUCCCCCGCGCGAACGCGUCGAACCCCCAGGUGGCGCGCUACGACUACUACGUCGGCCGCAUCCGCGCCGUCCAGCUGAACUACUCCGACGCGCACGCCCAUCUGCAGCAGGCGAUCCGCCGCGCCCCCCAGCAGGGCCAGCAGGUGAACAGCGCAAGUGCAAAGGACGCGUCGAGCAAGACGCUGGCGGCGGGCUUCCUCCAGACCGCGUACAAGUUCCUGAUCAUUGUCGAGCUGCUGAUGGGCGAGCUGCCGGAACGUGCCGUGUUCCGUAUCCCCAUGCUGCGCCGCGCUCUCGCGUCGUACCUGCCGAUUGUGCAGGCAGUGCGUGUGGGUGAUCUGUCGCUCUUCCAGACCACGCUGCAACAGCACCAGGCGUUGUUCCAGCGCGACAGGACCUACUCGCUGAUCCUGCGUCUGCGCCACAACGUCAUCAAGACGGGUAUCCGGCGCAUCUCGCUCGCGUACUCGCGCAUCUCGCUCGCGGACAUUACGCGCAAGCUGCACCUCGAGUCGGAGGAGGACGCGGAGUACGUCAUUGCCAAGGCGAUCCGCGACGGCGUGAUUGAUGCGCGUGUCGAGCACGACAGUGCGACGAUGGUCUCGAACGAGGCCGUGGAUAUCUACGCGACCAACGAGCCCCAGGCGCAGCUGCAGCAGCGCAUUCACUUUUGCAUUCAGCUGCACAACGACAGUGUCAAGGCGAUGCGCUACUCGCUCGACUCGCACCGCGCGGAGCUUGCCUCUGCGACGGCCGCGCGCGAGCGCGAGCGCGAACUCGCCAACGAAAUCGCCGACGGCGACAUGGAGGACUCGGAGGAGGACUGGCCGUAG